CAUACUCAACAGCUCAGCCCUACGGUAUGCAUAUCCAUCGCGAACACCUCACUCGGCGUACCUGACCUCUCGCAUGAGCAAGCUACGAAAGCCACAGUGACACCUCGAAUUCUACUACUCUAGCGUCAUGCCAUCGUCGUCUCAGAGUCCUAACAAUCAAAGCGUCAACGCCACCCUUAGCUCCAACAAUCAUAUGACUGGGACAACAAAUAAGUCCACAGAAGAGAUUGCUCAGUCUGAUAGCUUAGGAAGUCGGCCUAAGAGAGUGAAGGUUUAUCCUGAGCUAUCUAACAGGAUCCGAGCAAAAAGGCCAAAAGCUCGGACAGGGUGCAAGACAUGCAAAAUUCGUCGCGUCAAGUGUGGGGAGGAGAGACCAGGCUGCCUCAAAUGUCAAAAGGUCGGCGUAACCUGUGGCGGGUAUGAAAUAUCUCAACCGCGCACCAGAACCAUCGUUGUCAACAGCGCCAAACCCCUCCUACCACGAGUAACCUGCAAAAUACCACGUUUCUCUCUGCCCAGCAACAAAUUGUUCAAUGGCGAAGUCGAGUAUCAGUAUUUCCUGUAUUUUCGGGACGAAGUUGCAUUUGAUAUUUCCGGACCUGUCCCAGAGGAAAUUUGGAAUUAUGUUAUACUGCAGGCAACAAACGAGACAACAGCCCUUCGCAACCUUACCAUCGCAUUAGCAGCUUUGAGUAAAUCGAAAUCACGCCCAGAAUCAGCAAUUACCCAUCACGCAUUCGCCAUCAGCCAUUAUGGCAAAGCACUCUAUGAGCUACGCCAAAUUAUCGCUGCUGGUGAUGAGAGUGCAGUUCGCAUCAGUCUCAUCGCUUCACUACUCAUCUUCUGCUUCGAAAACAUUCAAGGCAGUUACGACCAAGCUGUUGCGCAACUUCGAAGUGCGUUGCGAAUGAUGAGGAAGCGUCUUUGGACUGAUCAGUUCUUCUAUUCUCGCCUAAGAAGUAUCGCCUCAAUGCCAGGACUCGAAGACGACAUCCUGGAUGCUUUCAUCCAACUCGACAAUGGGCUCAGGUCAAUGGUGACGGAUCCUACGGAGGCAAGGACUAGUCUCCUGGGAAUACGGUACCUGGACGACGAUUUCGCCAUGCCCCGCGUAUUCCGGGACAUCAAAGAAGCAAAAAAUCAUCUUGUACACCUACAGUACAAAGCUAUGCCGUACUUGUCCCACAUGUCGGAUGCAUUCAUGUAUGGCGAUUCAUACAAUCAUGCUCCUCCAAGGAGCUCGUUCGACGAGCUCAUGAUCCAUAUGCAAUGUUGGACGAGAGCUUUCAAGCCUUUACUCGGUGAUGCCACCAGACAAGGUAGCUUAGAUUUCAUUGCGGCCGCCGCACAACGUACGGUUGGUGUAGCUACAAUUCUUGCAUUGCAGAGAAUCUUCCUUGGUGCAGGAGGAGCUAGCAAUCCUGGCCUUUUCGUUCCCGAAGCAUUAGAAAUCGUAGAUUUGUCUCGACGAAUCUCGGAAAACCAAUGCUUCAAGAAGGCUUUCGUUCUGGACUGCGGCGUUGUUGCAUCGCUCUUUGUUGUCAUCACGAUUUGUAGGACAAGGCAUAUCAGAGAGGAAGCUAUUGAGGUUCUUGAGUCCUGUGGGGAGAGAAUGGAGAUCACGUGGAACGCUGCAUCGAUGGCUAAGGUUGGGAGGGAGCUUCUGGAAGCUGAGGAUAAAGCUCUCUUGAUGCACCUGAGCCAUCAAGAUUGAGCGAGAGAAUUCGAUGUGUAGAGAACGUCACUUCUCCCCAGGUUAUAAAGGCGCCUCGGGACAAGCUCAAGGCGGAACGUCGAAACCGAAGUGCUUGUUUUCAAAAAGUUGAGUUGAACAACCCUCCAGGUCCCUUGUAGGGUUGCUAGUUUGAGUAGGUAGUGAAAGUAGAGGGUUUAAAAUAGAGAUUUAAAUAAGGUACAGCGCUGGAGCGAGAGUACUGAGCUGGAGUGAGAGUCUACUCAGAGCCAAGUAGAG